UUAGAGCCUUUACUUAUUCUGCUUUUGCUCAUCCUUAUAGCCUAUUCUUCAAAGAGUGGUAACAGAAAUGAACACGCAAUACAUUUUAUUAUUCUCUUUGGAGCAGCAUUAGUAGUUUUGUAUCCUUUGAGGCUUGAGCUGCCUUCUUUGAGCUCUUUGGUCAUGGACGAGAAUCACAGGUCAAAGCGUACGUACAAGCAACAGUAUCCUUUUCAUGACGCAGCUCAAAGACUCAAAGUUGUUCCUUGGAGGUUGGAAGGAGAGGGAUCGAUAGGACAAAAGGUUCAAGGGAUAAUGCUGGUUUUCUAUGGGGUUGCAGGCUGCCGAUAAGUGCACCCGUAUCAUUUUCAUGGUGCAGGUGAACCGCUGAAGAACCUUCAGCAGUAAAAAAGACAAUAAAACAGUUUGGAAGACAGAUUAGGCUAAAUAAGUACAUCUUCCACUAUAUAUUGUUUUCGAACUCUGUGUGAAUAAUGAGUAUAGAGUAGAAAUAGUAGACUGAGUUUGCUUAUGUAUUUUCGUUAUUCUUGAACACUCAAUCUCUUGAAACUGGCGAAAGAGCAGCUACCGGUGGCUUCUGUUCGCUGAGAGCUGCCUUCACCAAUUUGAUGCGGAGACCUUGACCUCUAUUUGAUGAGGUCAUUCCACUCUGCCUUUUUAUCCUGCUACAAUUGUUCCAUUCUUUUUGGUUGUUUACUGUAAUUUGAGUCUCAUCAA